CACUAUAAAUAGGGACCCUACCCUUAAGCUUUGGUAUGUCACGAACACUUGUGAGCAUUGGCUUAUAUAGAAUAAUCCACGUUUACAAAACAAAGAGUUUCUCUUUUCCCACUUAUAAUCUACCUUAGCUUUUGAGUCCCCUGCAAGAUUGGCAAUAAUGGGCAGUCCUAAGGUGAUAGGGGCUGCAUUCUUGGUUUUGCUAUUCGUGGACAUCGCCUUUGCUGCUCGGUCUAUACCAAACACUCUGCUGAGUAAGAAAAGUGGAGGAGGUGGUGGUGGUGGUGGAGAAGGCGGUGGCGGCGGUGGAGGAAAGGGCGGCUCCGGCUCGGGAUAUGGGUCCGGGUAUGGCUCGGGGAGCGGUUCGGGCUAUGGCCGUGUUGGAGGAGGUGGUAGUGGAGGUGGCAGUGGCGGCGGUGGAGGCGGAGGCACUGGCGGCUCAGGUUCCGGGUAUGGGUCAGGGAGUGGCUCCGGGUACGGGUCCGGGGGUGGGAUAGGGAGUGGAGGUGGUGGUAGCGGAGGUGGAGGAGGUGGCGGGGGAGGCGGAGGCUCGGGAUCGGGAAGCGGCUCCGGCUAUGGCUCCGGCUCCGGCUCCGGCUCCGGCUACGGAAGCGGUAGUGGAUAUGGGAGCGGCGGCGGAAGAGGCGGAGGCGGCGGAGGAGGAGGCGGCAGCGGAGGAGGAGGCGGCAGUGGGGGAGGCUCGGGCUACGGGAGUGGCUCCGGAUAUGGGUCGGGGUACGGCUCAGGGUACGGUGGUGGUCCCGGCGGAGGAUACGAUGAUUCGCCGUGAAUCGGAAUGAGUGACCCCAUUUCUUCUGGUUUGAGCUCAGAACAUUUGCUACUUGCGUUCCAAUAAUAAAGGCGCGGAGGCUUCUUCACCGAGACGCGGUUUGCAUGCAUGCGCUUGUCGGGGUGGGCUUUAAGUUGCUUGUGUUUAAUCAACGCCUGUAAUGUUGGGUUUCUUUCUUUUUACUUUAUUACAUGUACAACGUUAAAAGAGUUAUCACUGUAAGAUGGCUUUCCUUAUUAAUAAUAAAGAGUUGUAAUCUUUGUCAAA